CCCACACUCUAGUUUUGUUGGGGUUUUUCUUUUUCUUUAGGAGAGGACAAGGUUGAUCUCAAGGACAACUUGCAACAAGAGACUCCUCGUCGACUUCCAGCCACCGGCCUCUGUUCUCCCGUCGUCCAUUCCUGGCCAUGGAUCGAUCCACACAGGAGCUUUUCCUCAACUUUAUGAUUGUGCUGAUCACAGUGCUCCUCAUGUGGCUUCUGGUGAAGUCUUACCAAGACUGAGUGACUCGCCCACUCCACGGCAUCACUGGAGGAUGCAUAUUUGGAAAAGGAUGUGAAGUCUGCUGC